CUCUCAAAGAAUACCAUGUCUUUACUGCAGGAAAAAUAUAAAGCUUUUCAUACUGGAUUGCCAGUAACUGUUGCUGAAACACUUCUUCGUACAGAUCCUCAGACUGAAUUACCUUUACGGCUAGUACAUAUGUUCAAGGACUUUCGAAGGGAUAGAACAUGGGGAAUGACUGGCCAAGUAUCGAAUCCUGCAUCUUUGUUCAGACUAUAUGUUGAUUAUGGUCGAUUUACGGAAGCUACAAAUUUGCUGCUCGAGUAUUUGGAAUCGUUUGCGUCAGUGAGACCAUCGGAGCUGAUACUUCGGAAAAGGCCAUUUGCAGCAUGGUUCCCAUACUCGACAAUAGAGCGUCUUUGGUGCCAACUUGAUGAAUUGAUCAAUUUGGGCCACAUGGUGGAUCAAUGUGAUAAGCUUAAAAAACUAUUGCAUGGAGCUUUGCUAAACCAUCUGAAGCUUCUAAAGGUGGACUCGGAUGAUGCAUUAUCUUCUGCUGCCUGUUGAAAAAGUGUUGUGGCAACCUUCAAAAUCAACAAUGAAGAUGGUGAAACUAAGGAUUAAUCUGGAUAGUUAACAGCUGAUGAUUCACUUUUGUUAACUGUAUAGCUUAGCAUCGGUUUGCUUUCGUUACAUGGCAAUUUUAACAGGAGUAAAGCUGCAAUUCCGAAGUUAAAUAUCCAUACAUAUACAUAUAGCUGAGCGCCUAUCAUUGAAAAAAGAGUAAAAAUGGAGGGACACUCACUGAUCAAAGGAAAGAAGAAAUAUUUUUGCCUAUGUUCUGUAAUGUUGUGGCAAACGUCUGCCAAUUGUGCGGGCCUGAAAUUGACAAGCAGAAACAUUUUUGCUUGCUACUGGCUCGAGUAUAAUAGAGGGAGAGUUGGCAGGGAUAAGUGUACGGAGUAUAGACCAUUCAAGCAGUGUACCUGAUGUCUCAAAGUGUUGAACCCUAGGUUAUCUCUUAUCCCCUCCACUUGUAUGUUACAUUGUGAAAUCUAUGUUUUUGUAUGCUUUACUGAAUCUAUGUAGUUAUUAAUUUGAAUUA